GCGGUUUCUAUAUGACAGCAGCUAUCGUUACUGCUGUGUUUUUGUCGACCUGUGGUCAGCAGAAAUGCAGAGGAAUGAGGCCGGAACAGCGCCCACUGCAGACCGCGCACAGACAGCACUCCCCCUGACAUCUCUCCGCGCUGGCUCGUUUCCCUCUAAUUGGUUUCGCUCGGACCAGUCAGUGGAGAGCUCACCUGCUUUUAAUUGGACUAUCGCGACAAGUUGCUGAACUGACGUCAACACAACCGGUUGACAACUUUUCGCGCGACGAUAUCUGAGGAUUUUCGCGCGAGACUAAUUGACUGCACCACGCAGGGACGCGCUGUUCAGCGGCAAACCAGGCUGACGAGACGAACGAGGGGAACGGGCGCAGGCUUCUCCAGCCCGUGCUUGGAUGUAUGGAUGUAGGGCAGAGGAGAGUCGGAGCUUCUCGGCAUGGACCAAAUAGCUUCCAGUUGAGAGCAAAAGAGCAGGGACAUUGAUUUAAUAUAUUUAUAUUAAUAAUCAGGAGUAGGGUAUUUUCUCCCUACAAGCCGCCCAAUCUAUUUCCCUGAAAUCAGCAAAGAAUAAUUUUUUAUAUAUAUAUAUAUAUUUUGGUUUUUUGCGCAAGUGGUCGGUGUGUCCCUGCCUCCGGAUCCAUGGGUUGCACUGUGAGUGCUGAGGAUAAGGCUGCGGCGGAGAGGUCAAAGAUGAUUGACAAAAACCUCCGAGAAGAUGGAGAGAAAGCAGCAAGAGAGGUGAAAUUGCUUUUGUUAGGUGCUGGGGAGUCUGGAAAGAGCACCAUUGUAAAGCAAAUGAAGAUCAUCCACGAAGAUGGCUACUCAGAAGAUGAGUGUAAACAGUACAGAGCCGUUGUUUACAGUAAUACCAUCCAGUCGAUUAUGGCCAUUGUUAAAGCCAUGGCCAGCCUCAAGAUAGACUACAGUGACCCUGCCAGGACGGACGAUGCCCAGCAGCUCUUCUCUCUCGCUGCAGCUGCGGAAGAGCAAGGCAUUCUUCCUGAAGACUUGGCCAACGUGAUCAGGCGGUUGUGGGCCGACAGCGGCAUACAGAGUUGCUUUACGAGGUCGCGAGAAUACCAGCUCAAUGACUCGGCGGCGUAUUACCUGAAUGAUCUGGAGAGGAUAGCAAAAGCAGAUUACAUCCCCACCCAGCAGGAUGUGCUACGCACUCGGGUUAAGACAACCGGCAUCGUUGAGACUCACUUCACCUUCAAGGAAUUGCACUUCAAAAUGUUUGAUGUGGGAGGCCAGCGGUCAGAGAGAAAGAAGUGGAUUCACUGCUUUGAAGGAGUAACAGCCAUUAUCUUUUGUGUUGCACUGAGUGCAUAUGACCUGGUGCUGGCUGAGGAUGAAGAGAUGAACCGAAUGCAUGAGAGUAUGAAGCUUUUCGACUCCAUCUGCAACAACAAGUGGUUCACCGAAACCUCCAUCAUCCUCUUCCUCAACAAGAAGGACCUCUUCGAGGAGAAGAUCACUCGCAGCCCCCUCACCAUCUGCUUCCCCGAAUACACAGGAGCCAACAAGUUUGAUGAAGCUGCCAGUUACAUCCAGACCAAGUUUGAGGACCUGAACAAGAAAAAGGACACCAAGGAGAUCUACACCCACUUCACUUGUGCCACUGACACCAAGAACGUUCAGUUUGUCUUCGACGCUGUCACCGACGUUAUUAUUAAGAACAACCUGAAAGACUGCGGUCUUUUCUAAAGGACAGCACCCAUCACAAACGGACUGCAUGAGAGACUGCAAUAGCCAUGUGACGAUUCCUGCUUUUCAUAAUGAAAACCAUGAUGUGUUUGUUUUUUGUUUUUGAAAGAGGAACCUGUCAGAACUUCUGCAGUCACCGAUCCACGUCCACCUUCAUCCACAUUUCCCUUUGUAGGGAGUUUUUUAUUCAUCAUAAUCAAACACAUAUUUGAUCCUAAAACACAAUUUGUAUCGUAAUUUUAAACUGCGACACUUUAAUAAGAUCUGUAACGACAUAUUAUCCUUGUAGCUUUUGUUUGAAAUGCAAAACAUGACAUGUUAUCACAGCACAAUGGUGGUGGAUAGUGGGGAGAUUUUGAAGGAUUUAAUCAUUAAUUGACCAUUUAAUGCUCUGAUGGGUUCAUUUCAUUUUUCAUAAAUUUUGUCUUGUUAUUGGCUGAAAAAAGGAAACAAUUGACAAAAAACUUUUUUUUUUUUCUAAAAAAAAAAGCACAUGAACUUCAGUUAACUUUAUUUUAAUACCCUUAUAACUGCACAGAGAUUAUUUUUUAGAAGAAAACUGAGCAUGGAAACAGAAACUGGAUGAAGGAUAAAUGUUUUUUUUUGUACACUGUUUACACAGAGUCAAUAUUCACACAUGUAUAGUGGAUCAUUCUGCAUGACCCUCCAUAGAUUAUUAGCCUGUAAUCUCCCCCCAUAAACUGAUUACCAACCCCAAAGCAUCAUGUUUAAAAAAUAAAA